AUGCCCAGUCCACCACAGUCUUUGUGCAACCUUCACCCGUGCAAAGGUCACUCUGGGCCUCAGAAUCUCAACGAUUACCUCGAUUCUUGUUCUAAAGGGGAUCCUGCGCUCGUCCCUGGCACUGAUGAUAUAGCUAUCAACGAAGACACUCCCACUGGAACCCUAUCGAUAUGUAAGGCCUUGGACGCCUCUACAAUAGCUGGGAAUGAGCCCUGUCAGCUAGCAACCGAGAGCUUCUUGGCGGCACAGACACCUAAAGGGAAAGACCCUUGUGAUAGUAUAGAGCAAGCCCCAAAGGCCAUCUGUCAUGGUGAUAUCCUAGAGUGGCGGCAGAUAGAGUUAGAAGAAUGGCCAGGCAAUAUCUCUAAUGACAAUAAGAGUGGGGGCUGGAGCACAUUCACAGGUGCAAUAAGAUGCAUGAAUACGCCUGUUACUCAGCACGUAAAGCGAAACCUUAAUGAAUGCUUUGAUAUAAAGCCUUUCUCGCAAUCCUUCUUUGAAUCUGUCAACCAACACGAUAGCCUUUCCACUACCUGCCAAGCACAUAUAGUCAAACCCCUGGGUGACCGAGAAGGGCUCUACCCUAUUGCUGAGAUACGUGAUUCUGAUCCUAUUGCAUACAGCCCUUUUAUCCAACCCUCUUCUCCAUCGUCACAAGCAUCACCGCGCUCUCUUCUCACAAACACUGCCGUCAAGGCCACUCAUAAGCCCUCAGCACCAUAUUCACUUAAUCCCCUGGUUAUUAGGCAAGCUAGGCCACAUAACUUUGAUGGGUCCCCGUCCAGUUUUUCUUCUGGACCUCGGACUAAUGAAGAGGCACAAUCUGUAGAGGUUAAGUUGGAUGGACUUGGAGGAGCUGUUAUCACAUUCACUCCACUGACACCGUCAUCUCCGUCGCGAACUGCUCAGGGGCUCUGUCACACAGUUGAUUGUUCACCGCAUCGGCAUUUCCCGAAAACAGCUCUUUCAUUCAACAAGCGGGCAACGCUGCACACCCGCAUUAAGGAUAUAGCUUCGGACCAGCAACGCUAUACCUUUUGUGAUAGCAGUGAAGCUACUAUCUCAAAUGAAACACCAGACUCUCCACCUCAUGCAGUAGUACACACAGCUCAAAUGCACGGUAACUCUCUUCCACAUGCAAGAGUACGAUCGGCAUAUCGGACAGUUAAUCCUGUACCUACUAAGAGCCCACCAAACUUGCACCUGACUGGGUUGUUUUCUCCACCUUCAGCUUCACAGAAAAGCAAACACUUUACUGCUUCUGAAGGAGUCUUAUUAGUAGAGAACAAAGGGUCUUCUUCCUCAUCCAUUCUAUUAAAGCAAUCCAUGAUUAAACCUAGCCCAAUCAAUUCAUUGAAGGAGAUCGCUAAGUCAGAAACUGGAUCCCACUUGGACAAUGCUCGGCUUUCUAUUCACACUGGAAUCAUUAACAAUGCUAGAGAUGUGCCUGUAAGCUAUGACGCCUUCACAGAAUCUCCCUUACAAACUCGUGACCGGGAGAUCAUGCACGACCUCAGCCUUUCUCCUAUAGAGCUAUGCUCCCUUGGACUUCACAAUGGCCGAACGAUGACUCCUCGAGCGAGGGCAAUAUCGGCGUUGCAAAAGCUUAGACAUCAUCCAUCUCGAAAGAUAGAUACUUCUAUUCACUGUUAG